CGUGGAUGAGUAACGCGUACCGCCCAGAUCAUGUAGUUCCGCUCGUUCCCCUUGUCAACUGUAUCACAAAGAGUGUAUCGUUUUCAUGCUGUACGAUACAAGUGCAAUCUUUAUUUUUCCAAAUCAUCAAAUCAUUGACCCAUGAAUGAGAUGAGAAAGAUAACAAUGGGAGGGACUGUGCCAGUCUCAACUGGUUCAGUUGCAAACCACAACUUGCACAACAUUCCAACAAGUUCAAGUUUUCAACAAGCAGGGGUUGAUUUGUUUGAUCAUUGAGCUACCUCCAUGAUUUGAUCAUAUGAUAUAGGAAGGACCUUCCUCUAUGAUUUGAUUGAUUGAGUUGAUUGAUUGAUUGAUUGAUUGAUUGGUUGAGUUGAGAACAAAAAGUUCCAGUUUGGCUCCACACAACAAACGUUGUUUGGAAGUGGAUACAAAAUGGCAGAUUCUAGUGCAGCAGGGCUACCACCACCAGCAUCAACUAGAAAAGGAAAGAUUGGAAUUAUUGGCAGUGGUCUGAUUGGAAGGAGUUGGGCCUUGAUCUUUGCUGGCGCAGGUUACAAUGUCACCAUAUAUGACAUUGAACAAUCACAGUUGACUAAUGCUCUCGAAGACAUUGAAAAGCAGUUGGAGGAACUAAAGAAGUCUGGUCUGUUAAGAGGCUCACUGUCUCCUGAGCAACAGAGGGCGCUAAUCAGUGUUACCAUGGAGAUGAAGGAUGCAGUCACUGGUGCCGUGCAUGUACAGGAAUGUGUGCCAGAGAAUGAAGAUCUUAAGAGGAAAGUCUUUAUGCAGAUGGAACAGUACGCUGAUGAUUCUACUGUCCUUUGUAGUUCUACAUCCUGUAUAGUGCCUUCUAAAUUCACUCAUCAACUCAAACGCCGCAACCAAUGCAUUGUGGCCCAUCCAUGUAACCCACCGUACUAUUGCCCUCUAGUGGAGAUCAUACCCAACUCUUGGACUGACCAGUCCAUUAUGUCACGUACCCGGUCACUACUAGAAGAAGUUGGUCAGGUUCCUGUGACGGUCAAGAGAGAGAUUGAUGGGUUUGCUUCAAACCGUAUGCAGUAUGCCCUCAUCAAUGAAGCCUGGAGGUUGGUUGCUGAUGGUGUGAUGUCAUCAGAAGAUGUGGACAAGAUUUUCACAGCUGGAUUGGGAAUGCGAUAUGCGUUCUGUGGACCAUUUGAAGUCAUUCACCUUAAUGCUGAGGGUACAUCCAACUACAUGGAACGUUACGGUCCCACUAUCAACAGAGUCACUUCAUCAUUUGGACCACCUCCAAACUUUAAGGAAGAAGGAAGUGAUGCUAUUUUUGCAGAAAGUGCUACAAGAUUUCCACUUGAUCAACUGCAGGAGAGACGUCAAUGGCGAGAUAGAAGACUGGUUGCCUUGGCUAAACUCAAACAUGACAUGAAUGCCAAAGAAUAAGGAAGGACUCUUAGUUUUUUUGUUUUUUUACAAAGUAUUCAUUAUUUUUUUAAAUUAAUAUUUUGUAAAAAAUCACAGUCGUUAUUUACAUCAGUGUAAAAUGGGUUAACCAUAAUUAAUUAAUAUUCCAUUAUCCCUGGUGCAAAUUUACAUCUAUUCAUUUUUAGUUGAGAAGUGUAACAUGACAAUUCUUACUCUGAAACAACUAAAGAAUUAAGAGUUUCAAGUCAAAAAUUAAAGUUCAAAAGAGAUAGUGGGCGUAAAGUAACACCACAACUCGCUUUGACCUUGAGCAGGUUGAAAGUUUGCCUUCAACAUAACUACGCAAAGGAGUUUGCCUAUCAACUAUUGGAGAAGUAAUCUUGAUUGAUAGUGUUACUGCAAGAAACUAAAUUGAUUACACUCUACUAUUGUAUGCAUAUAGAUUGAUUGAUUUACUGUGAAAAGAAUAGCCUAGCACCAAGGUUUUAUGAUCUUGUCUCAGAAUAAAAAUAGUUAAUUGUUUUAUUAACUAUUUUAUCUGUAAUAAUGUUUUAUACCUUGCCAAGUUAAUUUAAUUUAAUCACCUCUAAAGGAAUAAUUCAUACACUUUUUUGAAAUUUCAUACAAAGUUCAGUGCUGGAAAAUAUUUGUAUUUUAUUCUAAAUAAAACAAUCCUCUAAAUGAGGGUCCAAGAACACUUUGA